AUGAGGACCGCUUUCGCACUAUCCUUUGCGGCGUUCAUCCAGCGAGCAGCUUCCACACGCAAUCCGCUCCUCCAAUGGGACCCUGAUACGGUCAAGGACUGUAUCGACUGGUACAACAACGGCGAAGGCAAAACUUGCGAAUACGUGCGCGAGCUCUACGGCAUCACUCCAGCAGAGUUUAACGAAUGGAACCCUUCAGUCGGCCUUAAUUGCAAGGGCUGGUAUUGGCAAUCCUACUGCGUCAUCACGCAAAGAAAAUUAGACAGCACCGAAACAACGACGACUUCCUUCGAAGUGACCACUACCAGCACGAGCAAAUCCCCAUCUCUCGCCCCAUCUUCUACCGCCUGGAACGCUUUGGGAUGCUACGCUCAGAACCCAAACCGCCCAAUUCUCGAGCAGAACAUGAAUCCCAACGGAGAUGCGUCUCUAAGCGUCCCAAAUUGCAAGAACAGCUGCUACCGCCGCGCCUAUCCUUUUGCGGGAGUGCAAGAAGGGAAUCAGUGUUGGUGCAGCAGCUACGUAGGCGGUGAGUGGGCGAAGAACCAGGCCGACUGCAACACUCCCUGUACUGGUAACAAAGCGGAGUUCUGUGGAGGCAAAGGCGUCAUCAACGUUUUCGAGGCAUUAGAGAACGCUGCACCAAUUAUCACGGCCAGUGUGACUAGCGCCAGUAUUGAGGCAGCUGCCACAAGCAAUAGCGCUAUCAAGAACAGGGCCUUUGUUAGGAAAUGGUGGCUCUGA